UGAGGAAUUCGGCCGGCAAAACAUUUGGUCAAAUAUCUUCAAUUCUUCCCCGACUGACCUCUGGUCGACGCCGGGAAUAGUUCUGUGCAUACUGCACACAGGCUUGCUCUCAUGGCGGGAACCAUUCACUCUCUAGUUCUCUCACCUCGGCACGCCAAGACGUCACCGUUUUGUUUCCCGACUCCCCGUUUCCUGGCAAGCUCUUCACUCCUCGUGAGUCGCUCUGUUUCGUUCAAUUGCAAUCGCUUGAUUUCAAGACCAACAAGAGCCUGUCAACAGCCAGAUAAGGUAGGUGGAAACGGAGGUCAAGCUGAUAUCACUUCAGGUCCUGCGAAGGGAUUGACAAAACAAUUUUUGGAUUUCGCCUCGAAUAAUUUUCUUCCUUUCGCUCUUGUCAGUGGAGUGGCAAUUGGAUUUGCAAAUCCAAGUCUUGGCUGUCUUGCUGAUAGAUAUUCUCUGUCAAAAUUUAGCACAGUAGGAAUAUUUAUCAUCUCAGGUUUGACUCUGCGUAGUGAAGCAAUUGGUGCUGCUGUAGAAGCUUGGUCUGUAGGAAUGUUUGGGCUAUGCUCCAUUCUCUUAUUUACACCAUAUUUCUCAAGGCUAAUUUUGCAAGUUCAGCUCCAACCUCAAGAAUUCGUAACAGGGCUUGCUAUAUUUAGUUGUAUGCCAACUACUUUAUCAAGUGGGAUAGCGCUUACUCAACUUGCUGGUGGGAAUUCUGCACUUGCUCUUGCUAUGACAGUCAUAUCUAAUUUGUUAGGAAUUCUAAUAGUUCCAUUUUCUAUUGCGAAGUUCAUAGCUGAUGGAGUCGGUGUCUCUGUUCCAACUAAGCAAUUGUUCAGAAGUCUUAUACUCACACUUUUAAUCCCUCUAGUUGUGGGAAAGGUCUUACGAGAAUCCUCCAAAGGCUUGGCGGACUUUGUUGAUAAAAACUCUAAGCUUUUCUCAAAGAUCAGUGCGUUGUUCCUCAGUUUAGUACCGUGGAUACAAGUGAGCAGGUCAAGGUCACUGCUGCUGAUGGUUGAGCCUAAGAUUUUUCUUGUGGCCAUUGGGAUGGGAAUAAUGCUGCAUCUGUUCCUAUUAGCUUUCAAUUCUCUUGCCAUUAGAGCCCUUUCAGCUCUUUCUGGAGGUAGUAAAUCUGUUUUUGCCAAGGAAGAAAAUUUCAGUGCGUUGCUGCUUGUUGCAAGUCAGAAAACUCUACCUGUUAUGGUGGCAGUUGUGGAGCAACUUGGUGGAGCAUUAGGUGAAUCUGGUUUAUUGGUUCUUCCUUGUGUUGCUGCUCAUAUACUUCAGAUUGUCAUGGACUCUUUUCUUGUCAACAUUUUUCUUCGGAAGGAUCGCUCAUCUACAAAGGCCAAAUUGGCCUGAAGAGUCCGAAUGCUGCUGGGCUUCUUAGAUACAGAGGGACAAAACUGCGUUAUGGUGCAGGUCAAGUUAUUCAUGAACAAAGUUUAUUCAUUCAGUGGGAUGGUGGGGAAGGUUGCAGUAAUCUUGUUGAUUGGAGUUUUGGCAUGGUGUUAUCAGUCCAUCCGUCCUCUGCCACAAAACCUCUGCGGCUCUCCCGG